AUGUCAGUCGCUCCGCCACUUGGAAAGGAAUUGGCCGCGACUGAUAAAAAGACGCGUGAUAACGCGAUCAAAAGUUUGCGCACUUUCCUGUCUACGACGUCCGACAAGCCAAUGGCGGACCUCGAAAUGGCAAAGUUGUGGAAAGCAAUCUUUUUCUGCUUUUGGCACUCGGACAAGCCACUCGUUCAGCAAGAGCUGGCAGCUGCGCUUGCCGACAUGCUCCUCGUCCCCUCAGCUCCAAAAGCCUCUUUUCAUUUCCUCAAGGGCUUUUGGGAGGCCAUGGUCAGAGAAUGGUCUGGUUUGGAUUACCUCAGAAUCGACAAGUACUAUAUGCUCGUUCGCAAGUUUGUAAACGGCUCGUUUCGGCUUCUCGCGAGAGAAAUGUGGACCGUAGACGCCAUGGACGAAUACACGAGAAUCAUCUCUGGAAACAAGGGACCACUAUACCCGGAAGACCGCAAGAUACCAACCGGCUUGGGAUACCAUCUUGCCGACAUUUACAACGAGGAGCUGAACAAAGUUGUCGGAUCCGACGAUUCUUCACCGCCGGUGCCCCUUGUGCCUCUCUUUACCCCGUUCUUCAAGUUGAAUGCAUUGACACCCUCUCCUACCACCUACAACCGCUUCCAGAGUGCCCUCUACUCGCCCAUGUUUGCUGCUCUCCUUGCACACUCGACUCCAGAGGGUGCAGUCGUAAACUAUCGAUCCACGACAAAUACGGUGACUCUGGCACCAAGAGAUUCGGAUGGCGGGAGGAGAAAGCGGGCUCGCAUCGAGCCCCCAGAGCUUCCCCUGAAAGCUCUGUGUCACAACGCCUGUCUGGAAGCUCACAAGGGGGACGCCGAAGAGGCAGAGAAACCGCUGUCACCAAAAGAGCUGAGGAAGGGAUUAUUAAAAGCAAUGUUUGAUGUCGCAAGUGCCGAAGACACCAAGGAAGUUAGCAGGAAGAGGAUGUAUAGGCUAUGGCGAGAGGCGACGGAGCAAGCCGAGACUCCUGGUGAAGACUGA